GGACUUAGAUCUUUGUCAGCAGCUCGACACCAUGCAUUGGUUAAGCGCGAUUUAAUUUUAGCAUAAAACUUCAAAAAGCAAUAUAGUAUGAUUUUGGACUCGACGCUGUGAAAAUCUGCGAAUUUCUGAUUCCUUAUAUGGGCUCUCUCACCUUCCUCGGCAGCAGAAGUUUCAUAAACAGGCAUCGGACCCAUUCUCUGAAAUCAGCACCAGGAGAUAUAGAACUAAGGCGUAUCAGGCCCAAAACUCCAAUAUGUGCCUCACAAGCGAGCCUCCCGUUCUUGAGCAAAUUGACAGAUGGCGCCCUGGUCCCUUCUGUCAAACUUCUUGAAAGGCAGCAGAAACCAUACGCACUCAUGAGGGCAAACCAAAAUGAAAUUCUUAGUACAUUGGCAGAACAACUGUCUCUGAGGCCCCAGGCAACCCGAAUUUCAGAGGAUGGGCUCAGCGUGUACAAUACCCCCGACGAAUCUCUCAGCAUUGCUCUACAGGUGGGAACAGGAGAGGGAGUUGAGUGGCUUGUAGCCUCCACAACAGCGCUGGUGAAAUUUGGGGGCGGCACCAUCAGGAUCAAUGUGUUCCCUGACCAGACAUUGAGCGUGCCAAAGCUUGACAUUGAGCUCUUCUUUUUCUUUGGGCGCAUCAACAUGUACAUAAACUUUGUGGCAAGGACUGAUCUGGUGUUGGAUGAAGAGUACCUGAGCAGGUAUUAUAAGACAAAGGGGAGUGCUGGGCACUCAUUCCAUGAUCUGCAGCUGGAAUGCAUGCAAGAUGCAGAAAUGUCUCCUUUUGAGUCGCGCUCCAUUGACAUGCGUGUCCUCACAGGACAGACAUCUCUUUUCCAAGGGGCACAUGCUAGCAUCGAAAAUGUGGAGAAGAUGACAUCAUAUGCAAAGCGAGCAGUUUCUCUAUGGCUGGAAUUUGCAAAGGCUGAGGAUACAGCGGUUACUGAGCCAUCCCAAGCAGAAAAGCUGCGUUUCUACGACAGAAGUCUGUACGGAUUUGCAUGGAGAGAUCCCGAUAAUGAGAAAGUAGCUGCACUGAUUGGGGAGGACGCUCUGCAAGAGAUGCUGCAGCUCUCAACCAGAGAUGACAGUAUACUGCAGACCAUGUAAACGUCAUGUACAGCAGAGUAUCAGUGCCGGGUAAAUCACAUUGCCUCUUCUACCACUUCCCCCAGCCCUCCCUCCAAGUAUUGACAAGAUUUAAUUGUCUGCAUGUCUGUAUUGUCUUUCUUUGAGAGGGUUAGUGUUUACUCUCGUUAGAAUAAACUCUAGAAAGACUUGUUGUUGGUCUUUCUCCUGUAAAUGUGUGAUAAGAA